AUGUGGACGCUGGAAGACACGGUGCGAAUCUUCGCUGUUGCAGGGUCCGUCAACAAUAGAAAAUGUGCUACAGGAUUUACCGACAGUGCUAGAAAUAAGAAAUACACGAGUAUGGAUACAUUUCAGGAUCAACUGAAGAAACCAUUGUAUAAGAACUGGGUAAAAGGAGGUUUAGCAUAUCAGUACCUCAAAGAUGACUUUGCAAGGAAGAAAUAUGAUAUUCCAUUCUCCGUCAAUGGAUUUGGUUUAGCUGAUUUUACAGCAAGUACAGAUAACAUGAUUACUCUUGUAAAAGAUAAGAAAGGGCUUUAUCUGAACGAGAAUGCAAAAAAGGCUGUGGAGAAUAUAAAACAGCUAAAAAGGAACGAUAUUUACAUUACAACGCAAAACGAAGCUGACGUGUUUGAAGCCGUUACGACUUCUAACAAGGAGAGGAAAAGUGAGUUAGAGGAGUUUGUUGAAAGUGCAGAGCAAGAACCGGUGUCCAAAGACUUUGCAGAAAAAGCAAACAAUGAUGAUGUAGCACAAUCACCAUCAAUAAGCGAUACAUCUAUAGGCCUACUACAGUUACGAUGUGAAGUUAACUUAAUUAAAAAGAGUCUAGCAGAAAUCAAACAGCUUGAAGAAGUUAGGAAUGCACAGCAGAAUACUUUGAAAUAUAUAUCACAAAAGCAAGAACUCCAGAAGAAACUUAUAAAACUGUAUCAAAAUGAACAAGUAAAAACAUGGAUAUCACCGCUAGCAACGCAAGAUAAUAAUAUCAAUAUUAGUAAAGUGUAUGUUCAUCCGAAGAUGUACAUCGAAGAUUCGGAGAAGGACACCAUUAGUGAUUACACAAAAAGAAGCAUACAAAAUUUUCACGAACUAUUUUGUGAUAUUCAAAAUGAUACCAGUCAAAGAGGAGAUAUCAUUGAACAAGCCAGCGAUACCCAACAAAAAUGUCAUAACAAACUGAAAAACAUAUACAUCAUUGGUGAGGUUGGAACAGGAAAAAGUGGGUUUUGUAAAAUACUGAUCAACUCAUGGUGUAAUAGUCGUCUGAAACCAAAUGCUGAUGCCACGGCUCGCAAUGAAAAGUGUCUACUAGAUUUGCAUAAAGUAUCUACAUAUGAUUUUUUGUUUUAUGUUCAAAUGUGCAACAUUCCAGGGGAUAUUGUCGACGUAAGGCAGAUGGUCAUACACUCUAUGUACGGAAUAGCAUCUGAUUCUUUGAUUGAAAGCAUUUUCAGUAAAGAAUCCGAAAGAUGUUUGAUAAUUAUUGAUGGACUUGACGAGUGGUCACAACCUGAGCAACCACGUCGGUCUCAGAGGCAUAUUAAAACUGGAAUACCACUUACAAAUAAUGUUAACAAUGCUACAGUUUUAACAACGUCCAGUCCAUCAGCUAAAGGUAUAUUAAAUUUGAAAAAAUCGCAAUAUGAUCGCAAAAUAAAACUUGUCGGAAUAGAUGAAAACGAAAUACAGAACAUGAUCAAACUUUACAUGGAAGCCUUUGGCGAAAGUCUCAAAUGUAACGCAGAUAAAGAUUUAGAUUUUAUUAACGAAUUGAAGGCUGCAAACUUUCCUCAUCCUGAAAGGACACCAUUGCUUCUUAUUUCUUUACUGCUAUGA